ACAAAUCCCUUCCACACUUCAAAAUUAUUAACCCCCUCAAAAAAUGGAUAAUGAAAAACAAUCAAAGAUACACGUAGUAUGUAUACCAUAUCCAGCACAAGGCCAUAUAAGCCCUAUGCUAAAACUAGCCAAACUCCUCCAUUCCAAAGGCACACACAUCACCUUCGUCAACACUGAGUACAACCACCGUCGUCUCCUCCGCGCAAGGGGACCCACCUCCCUCAACGCCGUGUCGUCGUUUCGAUUCGAGGCGAUCCCCGACGGUCUCCCACCGUCCGACGCCGACGCUACACAAGACAUUCCUACUUUAUGUCAUGCCGUUAUGAACAACUUCCUUGAACCCUUUAAGAAGCUUUUAGUUAGACUGAUUAAUAAUCCGCCGCUUGGUUCGCCUCCCGUUACGUUAAUCGUGUCGGAUUGUGUCAUGCCUUUUAGUCUUGAGGCUGCGCAAGAGGUUGGUGGGAUUCCGUUGGUGUGGUUGUGGACUGCUAGUGCUAAUGGUUUUCUUGGGUAUUCUCAAUAUGGUAGACUUAUUGAUGAGGGUAUUGUGCCCUUUAAAGAUUCAAACUUCGCAACAGAUGGCUCCUUAGACAUGAUCGUAGAUUGGAUACCUAGCAUGAAAGGUAUAAAACUAAGCCACAUUCCAAGCUUUAUUAGAACCACAGACAAAGAUGACACUAUGUUGAACUUCCUAAAAUUCACAACCGAAAAAGCCGCUCAAUCUUCCUCACCAAUUAUUUUCAACACUUUUGAUUUACUCGAACAUGACGUUCUUCAAGACAUUUCCAAAAUAGUCCUCGGCCCAGUGUACAACAUUGGGCCGAUGCAGUUACAGUUAGCCAACAAUGUGAGUGAAUCUGAUAAUGACGCGGUCAAGUCCAUAGGGUCUAACCUAUGGAAAGAGGACUCAACAUGUCUAAAAUGGCUCGAUUCAAAGGAACCAAAAUCCGUUGUCUAUGUUAGUUUCGGGAGUAUCACAACUAUGACAAAUGAGAAUCUAAUCGAGUUUGCAUGGGGGCUUGCGAAUAGUAAGCACCCCUUUUUGUGGAUACUUAGACCGGAUAUUGUAACAGGGGACUCUGCUGUCAUACCGAUUGAGUUUCUAGAAGAAACUAAAGAUCGAGGUUUGGUUUCUAGUUGGUGUGACCAAGAAACGGUGUUAUACCAUCCAUCAAUUGGCGGGUUUUUGACACAUUGUGGGUGGAACUCGACACUAGACACUAUUAAUAGCGGGGUGCCUAUUAUGUGUUGGCCUUUCUUCGCAGAGCAACAGACUAAUUGUUGGUUUAGUUUUGAGAAAUGGGGGAUAGGGAUGGAAAUCGACAACGAGGUUCGGAGAAACGAGGUUGCGAAACAGGUGAAAGAGCUUAUGGAGGAAGAAAAGGGGAAAGGGAUGGCAAAGAAAGCUAUGGAGUGGAGAAUGUUAGCUGAAGAAGCAAUCAAAGGUCCAAAUGGUUCAUCUUACUUGGACUUUGAAAAGUUGGUCAAUCAAGAGCUUCUUCCUCUGAAAAACGUCAAGAAUUGAUCACAAAUUUUACUUGAUUCUGCUGUUUGUUUAAUUUUGAGGCAAAUUUGUGUUGUUUUGUUAUUUUUUCGGAAGUAAUUGAGACAAGUUAAGUGUAUCUUUUUUCUAUGAUGCAACAUAUUAAUAAGGUUUUUGAAAUGAUAUUAAUAAAGUUAUUAGUGUUGA